AUGGAAAGGCCGGAAGGGGAAGCGAGAGAGGAGAUGAGAGAGGGAGUGAGCGAGGAGGGGAGGACGGGAGCGAAGGAGGGAGAGAGGGAGGAUGGGGAGGAGGAAUGGCAUCAAGCGACAAGACAACGACCGCGAUCAGGGAUGCAGCAACAACGCGGAGGGGGAGGAAGGAGGGGGGGAAGAGGAGGAAGGGGGGAGGGAGGAAGGGGAGGGAGAGGCGGAUGGGGGGAAAGAGGGAGGGGGGAAGGAGGAAGGGGGGGAAGAGGCGGAUGGGGGGAAAGAGGAAGGGGGGAAAGAGGGAGGGGGGAAGGAGGAAGAGGAUAUGGUGGGAGAGGAGGGGGGCAAUGGGGUUUGCAACAAGGGCAGCAGCCACGUCAGCAGCAGCGCGAGCAACAGCAGCAGCAGCAGCAGCAGCAGCAGCAGCAGCAGCAGCAGCAGCAGCAGCAGCAGCAGCAGCAGCAGCAGCAGCAGCAGCAGCAGCAGCAGACACAGCAACAACAGCCGCAGCAACAACAGCCGCAGCAACAACAGCAGCCACAUCAACAGCAGGCACAAGCACAGCAAGCAGCCCCUCCGUCUGCCUGGAAUCGCCACGUGUGGGGCCGACCUGCUGAGCAAGCAGUGCCAGCCGCGCAGCAACAGGCGACAGUCGCACAACAACAGGCGACAGCAGCGCCGCAGCAGGCGACAGCAGCAGCGCAGCAACAGGAAGCAACACAACCAGACGCAUCAGCGCAACAGAAACAGCAGCCACAGCAAGAAGCCCCUCCCUCUGCCUGGAAACGCAACGUGUGGGGUCGACCUGCUGAGCAAGCAGUGCCAGCCGCGCAGCAACAGGCGACAACAGCGCCGCAACAGGGGACAGUCGCAGAGCAACAAGCGACAGUCGCAGAGCAACAGGCGACAGUCGCAGGGCAGCAGGCGACAGCCACGCAGCAAGUGGCAGCACUAGGGAAGCAACCAUUACCAGCAACGCAGCAACAGGCGACAGCCACGCAGCAAGAUGCAGCAUCAGGGCAGCAGCAGGCGACAGCACAUGUUCUGCCAGAGGUAGCGGCAGCACAAGCACAGGCGGCGACGCACACAGAGGCCGAAGCGCAGGCACAACAGGCGGCGACGCACGCGCAGCAGACAGCAGCGCAACAGGCAGAAGCGCAAGCACAGGGAGAAGCACCACCACACGGAGAAGAACAAGCACAAGUACAAGCAGCUGAUGAAGUGCAAACAGAGCGCACGCCUCCCAAGCACACCCCUCCGAAGUCCUGGGCUGCUCUACUUGCCUCAAAACCGACACCACAGCAGCAACAGCAACAGCAGCAAGGGCAAUUGCAGCAGCAGCAGCAGCAGCAGCAGCAGCAGCAGCAGCAGCAGCAGCAGCAGCAGCAGCAGCAGCAGCAGCAGCAGCAGCAGCAGCAGCAGCAGCAGCAGCAGCAGCAGCAGCAGCUGCAGCAGCAGCAGCAGCAGCAGCAGCAGCAGCAGGAACAACAUCCCCUAGUGGGGCGAGCAGCACUGCCCAUUGCUCCCAGGGGGCUGGUCAACCGAGGCAACCUCUGCUUCCUCAACUCCACGCUUCAGGCCCUCGCUGGUUGCCCUGCGUUCGCUCAUCUUUUGAGGGACAUCUCAGCAUCCCUCGCACCAAACCUUCUGGCUCGCCACCCCGCUCUCAAGGCACUGGUGGACUUUUGGAAGGAGUUUGAGGUGCCCAUCAAGUCAUCAUCUACAGCUAAUGGUGAGGGGGGGGGGAUUAGAAAGGGGUCUAAAUCGGUGGCAGUGGGGCGAGCAGUGGUGCCGACUAUGUUUGAAGGGCUGCUGUCGCAAUUCAACCCGCAGCACCACAGAAACGGGGUGCACUUGAGGAAGCAUUCCGCAGCCGUGCAGCCCUUCUCCCUUUCAACCCUGUGUGCCCCUCGCCCCACCCCCGCUUCAGGCAGCAGCAAGCCAUCAGCCACGGUGCAGCCCUUCUCGCUGCUACAGCUGGACGUAGCAUCGGAUCGAAUCAGAUCCAUGGAGGAGGCACUCAAAGCCUUCCCUCCCCCCUUUCCAUCCUGGCAGCAAGCCAUCAGCCACGGUGCAGCCCUUCUCGCUGCUACAGCUGGACAUAGCAUCGGAUCACAUCAGAUCCGUGGAGGAGGCACUCAAAGCCUUCCUUCCCCUCUUUCCAUCCUCUUCCCCAUCUCCAUCCUGGUCCCCUUCUCCAUCCUGUUCUCCUGUCUCCCUCACCCUGCUGCAGGCAGCAAGCCAUCAGCCACGGUGCAGCCCUUCUCCCUGUUGCAGCUGGGCAUAGCAUCGCACCUUUGCCCAAGCAAACAAAUUCCUUUUCCCCCUCUUCUGCCUUCCCCCACUGCAGGCAGCAAGCCAUCAGCGACGGUGCAGCCCUUCUCGCUGCUACAGCUGGACAUAGCAUCGGACCGAAUCAGAUCCGUGGAAGAGGCACUCAAAGCCUUUGCUGCACCGGAGGUGGUGGAGGGGUAUCGACCCAGCAAUGCCAAGCCCAACCAGACGGUCCUGGCAUCCAAGACGGUCAAAAUCUCCGCCCUGCCGCACGUGCUGGUGCUGCACCUCAUGCGAUUCUCCUUCAGCCACUCCACUGCCGGCAGCGUCAAGAUCCACAAGCCUGUCUCAUUUCCUCUCUCCCUCACUCUCUCAAGGGAUCUCCUCUUCUCCUCCUCCCCUUCUGUCGAG